AUGACACAACAACAAUUGUUCGCCGUGCAAUUUUCGUCCUCAUCUUUUUCUUUCUGGAAAAAUUGUAUUUUCGUCGAUGACCAUAGAUUUGGAUUGAAUGCAGCAGGAGAUUUAAUCUCAAUUCCAAUGCGCUGUUCCCGUCAACGAUCGGUGCUGGUUACCGAGUGCGUGUCAUACGAUUGCCCAAGAGAGAUCCACCGCGUUGAAGAAUCUCGCAGCAUCAACCAGUAUUUGGGUGUUUUGCAAAACGUUGCGGCUGUCGGGAGAACCAUCGUCCAUUUGAGAAGUCCCAUUCGUUCAUCCCCAAAAGUGAAAACAUGGAUUGCAUCCCGGGACAUGUCCCGCAUAUUGUGGCCAACGCAAAGUACGGACAUCAUGCCAAUGACAUCCAUUUGGCGGAAUUUCAUCAGAGAAUUCAACAUGACCAGUCCGGUGAUAGGUAAUUUCGAUAAAUUGUGGGGCGAAAUUCAAUCGUCUUGGUUAUCUUUCGUGGAAAAUGAAUAUUUUGUAUUGUCUGCCACUGUAGGAUAUUUAUGGCUUGAUUUAAGCAAUAUCGUGGAAGAAUACAAUGCUAAAAGAUGA